AUGUUUGUCCCGCGAGCGCUCAGGCUCAAAGGCGUACACGAAAAGUCGCGGCCCAAGACCAUCAAAUCGCCCUCCAAAGAUCCAGCGGACAUUGCUGAAGCUGACCACGAUGAUGCGCUGGUAAAGGCUAUGCAGAAGACAAGUACCAGUUCACCACCUCCUCAAGUAGAUUCCAUUGACCCUAAACAACCCAAAGCUGGCCCCAGGUAUACUACCAAACAAGUCACGCCAGAAUAUCUUGCUCAGCUUGCUGCUGGCAUUGAGCUGAUCUUCACCGACUAUGCGCAUCAAGAGGAGCAGCGUGCAAAAUGGCUUCAUGAUCACUACAGAACGGUGGAUGGAGAGGAUAAGUACAUCCACCUGACCGCGAUUCUUAAGAAUCCCAAUAUAUCCUCGCUAAAGCCCGAAGCCUCUCACGCCCUCCUCCAGCAAUCCAUGCAAGACCAUCCAUCUGAGAUGCUCGAAAUCUCAGCCAAUCGCUACUACGUCCGUCGCAAACCUUCUUCGUACCCUCCCAAAUACCUACCUCACAACUCUUUCCAAGUCGUCGAUGAUGACGGCUUGUCAUUCUGGGAUCAACGGACUAUAUAUGUCGAACCUCAUGUGCGCAAUAUGUGUCAGUCACCGGCGAGGGUGGCUCAGUGGCUCACGGAGCAUGGACAGCUGCGACCUAAGUGGGCGCCUAUCCAAGCUGUACACAUGCUAUGGAACAGCUGCGCAUUCGUUGUCCUCAGUGGACACGUAAUGCAUGAAGACAUGUGGCAGAAGUGGCGAGACUUAGACAAGCCAGAGGAUUGGAAGAUCAUGACCAAGGUUGAGCAUACAAGGCGAACCGCCGAGUAUGUUGCCCUGCUUGAGAAAGAGAACCCGGGAGGUAUGCGAAAGAAGAAGGUUGAUGAUAGCGAGCUGCCACCCAUCGCGCGACCUGCAGUGCUUCCUGUGGCAGCCGAUGAGCAGCAGGAUCAGGUCAAGAAGAAACGCAAGAGGCGCAAGCCAAACAAGUCAGGCAAGUCGGUCGCCGACACCGAAGCUGACACAAACACUGUUGAAGACGCAGACGACGAGCCAAGCAACAAGCGCAGAGGUUGA